AAAAAAAAAAGCCAGGAAUCAAGCGUUUGAGAGGGCGGCAUCGUUCCUCCGCUCAUGAUCGCUUGCUGACAAACCGCCAGUAAAUAUCCACAUCCAUCCAUCCAUCUUUCCACACACACACACACAAACACACGCGUGCGCACACACACAAACACACACACACGUUGUGCCAGACCCCGCCGUCUACUACCUGACGUCCGUUUCAUCUGGCGACAUAAAUGUCUCCCAUUUUGAGCCAGGUGUUCCUCUGCUGGGCCAGUUCAGGAAUUCGGGACUGAUUUUUUUUUUUUCAUUACUUCCCUCCCUCCUUCCUCCCCAUCCUGCACCCCAAAAAACCCAUCCAAACCACCCCUGCUGGCCUCACUGGGUUUUUUUGGGGGAAGAUGGGCUGUCUUGGCAAUAGUAAGACUGAAGACCAGCGAAAUGAGGCGAGGGCGCAGAGGGAGGCCAACAAAAGGAUAGAUAAGCAGAUCCAGAAAGACAAACAGUUAUACCGGGCCACUCACCGGCUACUACUAUUAGGCGCCGGCGAAUCCGGGAAAAGCACCAUAGUCAAGCAGAUGCGAAUACUGCACGUAAAUGGCUUCAACGCAGAGGAGAAAAAGCAGAAAAUCCAUUACAUCAAAAACAACAUUAAAGAGGCGAUUGAGACGAUCGUGGCCGCCAUGAGCACGCUCACGCCGCCGUGCCCCGUGGCCUGUCCAGCUAACCAGGCCCGGAUCAAUUACGUCAUGAACAUAGUCAACCAGAAGGAUUUUGACUUUCCUUCAGAGUUUUACGACCACGCAAAGACCCUGUGGCAGGACGAAGGCGUGCGGGCAUGCUGGGAGAGGUCCAACGAAUAUCAGCUCAUCGACUGUGCGCAGUACUUCUUAGACAGGAUUGAUGUUGUCAGACAGAACGACUACACACCCACCGAUCAGGACCUCUUGAGAUGCAGAGUACUCACAUCUGGGAUCUCUGAGACAAGAUUUCAAAUAGACAAAGUCAAUUUCCAUAUGUUCGACGUUGGGGGUCAGAGGGAUGAACGUCGAAAAUGGAUCCAGUGUUUUAACGAUGUGACAGCGAUCAUCUUUGUGGUGGCGAGUAGCAGCUACAACAUGGUGAUCAGAGAAGACAAUCAGACUAAUAGACUACAAGAAGCCCUCAAUCUUUUCAAGAACAUCUGGAACAACAGAUGGCUACGGACCAUUUCAGUCAUCCUCUUCCUGAACAAGCAGGACCUGCUGGCUGAGAAGGUUUUGGCGGGGAAAUCUAAGAUCGAGGACUAUUUUCCCGAGUUUGCGCGCUACACCACGCCUGACGAUGCCAUACCAGAACCAGGAGAAGAUCCGCGAGUUACCAGGGCAAAGUACUUCAUUCGGGAUGAGUUUCUGAGGAUCAGCACCGCCAGCGGGGACGGCCGGCACUACUGCUACCCGCACUUCACCUGCGCCGUCGACACCGAGAACAUCCGCCGCGUCUUCAGCGACUGCCGGGACAUCAUCCAGAGGAUGCACCUGCGGCAGUACGAGCUCUUGUGAUGCGCGGCCUGCGUCAGGUCUACUCAUCUACCUACCGACCCACCCCCGGGGAAACCCCACCACCACCACCACCACAAUCACCGACUCACUACCACCGACUUCUCCCAACAGCUGAGCUAGCCGCCGAGCGUCUGCCCCUCCCAUCCAUCCUCACGCACCUUUUCCCGCCAACGCAGCUCAAGUAGAUGAAGAAAGUGGGAUGACUUUUUUGCCAUUUCUAAAAAAAAACAACAACAAAAAUGGAAACGCCAUUUAACCCACAACAGACUCAUCGACUGUCAGCCUGCGCCGAGGGGUUUGACCCGGGGAAAAGGGUGGAGACUGGGCCACCCCGCCCGCUCGCUUUCUCUCAGCUUAUAUGAACACACACUCACAGGUACACACACACACACACA